CAUUUGGGUACAAUCGGGUAUUAUAGAGUAAAAAUCAUAUACUUUCGGGUACAGUGGGGUAUCAUUGUGGUGGGAAGACAUUUCAUGUUUAUUGAGAUUCUUUGGAGUUAAGACACCUCAAGCUCACUGGGCUAAAGAGACAUUUUAUCGUACAGUGGGGUAUCAUUGGAGUACGUAAGGUUAAAGGGAUGUGCCGGCUGAUGUAUGCAGGUGACAUGGUAGUCCUUAGUGAAGACCAAAGGGAGGUACAAGAGAUGCUUAACCCUUAGAUAGUGGUCGAACUAUAUAUAGGCAGUCCAAAAUUCAGUCAGUCAGUUUUGUGUGGCAGAAAUAUAACAACACUUCCAUAUUGCUGUAGAAUCUAUAUAUAGAGGAUAGUUAAAACAUCUCUUAUGUGGCGUAACUUUAUUUAUGCUUCGGUCCUAAGGGCGGCAAUGACUAUAUAUAAACAAUUCAUUUUAGGGGGAGCCACUCUUCAAAUACUGCCACCAUCAAAGGGUUAAUGUUGUGAACGAUUAUGCGGGUGCUCGGUAUGAGUGCGAUAUAUACUGACUGAGGUGGAAAAGGGAAAUGGAACCCAUAGUUUUCCUACCUCAUCUACUUCUCUCAGCAGGAUUGUUCGGGGGAGCACCGAUCCAUACGCCACACCAACAGUGUCCGCUGGGCGACUCCCAACUCAACCCCAUAAUUCAUCAUGAAUAUUAUCAGAUCUACGCGUACAUUUUCGAGGAUGGCACCGCUAUGGAUGAAGGUUGCUCCCCCAGCAUGCCUGAAAGGCCCCCUGCAGGUCCCCAGCAAGCUGCUGAUGGGUCCGGGGCCCUCCAACAGCCCCCCACAGGUCCUGCAGGCCAUGGUACAGCCUCUUCUGGGACAUCUGCACCCAGAGUUCACACAGAUAAUGGAUGAAGUGAAGGAUGGCCUCAGCUACAUAUUCCAGACCAAGAAUGAGGUGGUGUGUUGUAUAAGCGGUACAGGCCACUCAGGGAUGGAGGCCACUAUAUGUAACCUCCUAGAGCCCGGGGACGUUAUCUUGAUUGCCGAGAAUGGGAUCUGGGGCCAACGCGCUGCUGACAUGGCCCAGAGGCACGAGGCUGACGUCCGCACCAUCAAGAAGCCUGCCGGGGAUGUCUUCGAGUUGGAGGAGCUGUCGGCGGCCCUGGAGGAGCACCGGCCUUCCGUCCUGUUCCUGGUGCAGGGAGAGUCCUCGACCGGCGCCCUGCAGCCUAUCCAAGGGGUAGGCCCACUCUGCCGCAAGUACGGGACACUGCUGGCCGUCGACGCCGUGGCCUCCCUUGGCGGCGUGCCCUUCCUUGUGGACGAGUGGGGCGUGGACGUGGCCUACACCGGCACGCAGAAGGUCAUCUCCGCGCCGCCCUCCAUGGCGCCCAUCACCUUCAGUGACAGAGCCAUGGCAAAAGUGAAGGCACGCAAGACCCCCAUUCGCAGCUUCUACUUGGACAUCACCUGGCUGGCCAACUACUGGGGCUGUGACGGGACACCGCGCAAAUACCACCACACUGGUCCAGUCAGCUCAGUGUAUGCACUCCGGGAGGCCUUGUCACUGGUGUGUGCGGAGGGCCUGGAGUCCCUCUGGGCCCGCCACGCCGCCUGUGCCCAGCGGCUGCAUGAGGGCCUGGCUUCCCUCGGCCUGCAGCUCUUCAUUAGCGACCCAGCCAAGCGAACGCCAACCGUCUCCACUAUCCGGGUGCCUGAGGGUGUGGACUGGAUGAAAGUCACCAAAUACUUCAUGGCAAACUACAAGGUGGAGAUCAGCGGAGGGCUGGGACCCAGUGCCGGGCAAGUGUGGCGGGUGGGGCUCAUGGGCUACAACUGUACUCCGGAGAAUGUCGACCUGGUGCUCAAAAUCAUGAAGGAGGCGCUCAGCCAGCAGUCCGUCCAGGCCAGCAGGCUGUGAGAGCCGCUCCAACCUCAGGCCUUGGCUCAGCAAUGGACUGGAUUUGGAUGCCUCGCUGCAGCUGUUGUUCUCUGCAACACGUUAACCAAAAGCUGAUGAAAAUAUUACUUAACUUAGUCUUUAAAAGUAAGAUUAUUCUGAGUCUUGCUCAUGUUAUAUGCAUGUCAUCAGCUAUUUUGAAGUGCAAUAUGUAAAUACUACAAUGUAGGAGUAUAAAUGUGAGACAAACUUCCACACCUCAGUCCUGUAAUACUAAUGCUUUUGCAUGAACUACCAUUUCUAUUUUUAACUAUUUGAGAUUAUAUGCUGUCUGCGUUACAGGAAGAGUUCCUACAACAAAGACAUGAUGGAAUGUUUCAGCAAGUGGUGAUGAUUUAUACACACCAGGUCAUGCCUGGAAACACUGAUAUUUAAAUCAGUCACACUCUGCACCAAACUUGGCUUUUAAAGCAUCAGUAAAUAAGUGUACCAAAAAACAUGUUUAUCAGGGUGUCAUAAAUUAGACAAGUGAUACGUUUGUGGUAGUGGGAUCACCUGGCGUUGGUGAUAAUGUUGCUUGUUUUUGUGUAAUGGAACCCGCCAUGUGCUGCAGCUACACAGGAGACUUGGGUUAGGGAUUCCAUCUUUACAAUACAUUCCUUAAGAUAAUGGCUAGGACCUCAGUACUAGACCAAACAUGUUCAGAAUGAGAGUAAGCAUUCCAUAUUAACUACAAUCCAGUGUUCUGGACUCCCAUCUCAAAGGUACAGUUGACACCCAGUUUCACAGGCCUGAGUUUCCCAGAUUUCCAAUUUUUGAGUCUCAAUUCUGGACAAUUGAAAUUCCACUAGGGCUUAUCCCCCACCAUUUCCCCAAACAGACUAAAUCACACAACAUACAUUGGCGAGUGCUCACAGCGGCAGAAUUGUUUUUUUGCUGCCCCUGGCUACCAAAGGGAGGAUUGGCAGCUUUCUGUUAACAUUUAUACAAAAAGGUGUGACUGAUGCUGGACCAUAAGCUUGCCUGUGCCAGCAAGACCACAGUAACGGAGCACAGAGGGACACACUCCUUGACGACAAGCUUGGUGCCUGCCGGUUGUGUUAGGUGUUGGUUGUUCAGGGUAUUCCAUUAUAAAUACAUGUACAUUUUUUAUUAUUGUUGCCUCUUAUGAAAAAAUUAACAUACACAUUUUAUCUUUCUUGUAUGACUUUAUACAUGAUCUUUAUUGUUGCCUGUUUGAAAGAAAACUUGAAUAUAUUCACUAUAUUCUCGUAUAACUUUAUAUCCGUGUAUCUUCAUAAACGUUGAUGCAAAUAAAUCUAUUUUGCA